AUGGCGCCGGGCUCUCUGGUGGCGGCCUGCCGCAGUCUGGCCCUCUCUACGUGGCUGCUCUCCUUCUGCUUCGUCCACCUGCUGUGUCUGGACUUCACUGUGGCCGAGCGGGAGGAGUGGUACACCGCCUUCGUCAACAUCACCUACAUGGACCCGGCCACCUCCGAGGUGCGCACCGAGAAGACGGAGUGCGGCCGCUACGGGGAGCACUCCCCGAAGCGGGACGCCAAGGGGGUGGUGGUGCUGCCCGCCUCCCCUCUGGACCGGCAGGCCUGUGAACCCCACACCCGGUUCGUGGUGCCCUCGCAGGCCGCGGCCGGCUGGAUAGCGCUGAUAGCCCAUGGGAACUGCACUACCAGGGACAAAAUCCGCCAUGCUGCCGCCCACAACGCCUCGGCGGUGGUCAUUUUCAACGUGGGCUCCACCAACCCCAACGACACCAUCACCAUGCGCCAUCAAGGUACGGGCGAGGUGGUCGUCAUCAUGAUCCCGGAGCCGAAGGGUCGGGAGGUCGUGUCGCUGCUGGAGCGCAACAUCACGGUUACCAUGACGAUCACCAUCGGCACCAGGAACCUGCAGAAGUACGUGAGCAGGACGUCGGUGGUGUUCGUCUCCAUCUCCUUCAUCGUGCUGAUGAUCAUCUCCCUCGCCUGGCUCGUCUUCUACUACAUCCAGAGGUUCAGAUACGCCAACGCGCGCGACCGGAACCAGCGUCGUCUUGGCGACGCGGCGAAGAAGGCCAUCAGCAAACUUCAGGUUCGCACCAUCAGGAAGGGCGACCAGGAGACGGAGGCCGACUUCGACAACUGCGCCGUCUGCAUCGAAGGCUACAGGCCCAACGAUGUGGUCCGCAUCCUGCCCUGCAGACAUCUGUUCCAUAAGAGCUGCGUGGAUCCGUGGCUGCUGGACCAUCGUACGUGUCCGAUGUGUAAGAUGAACAUCCUGAAGGCCCUGGGCAUCGCUCUGAACGCCGACUGCCUGGACGACCUCCCGCUGGACUACGACCUGGCGCUGGGCGGCGUGGGGAUGGGCGGAGUCGGCGCCCUGGCGCUGGAGGCUGGGGCGUCCAGCGACGGGACGCUGAGCGAGGGCGGGUCCUCGGUGGUUCUGGACCCCGGCGUCAGGCGGGUCGGGCUACCGCAGGACUACCAGGACCCUGACCCGCUCAGAGACAGCCCCGUGACAGCCACCACCGACACCCACACAGGUGAGCUGCAGCCGAUGGCGAGCAGCGCCUCUGUGGCAUCGCUGGUCAUCGCCGUGGAAACCGGCCUGUCCGAUGAGGAGGGGUCCAUGGAUCGACCUCAUAUGGGUGCCAAAUCCUGA